AUGUUAAUCAAGGAAACAUACCAUGACGUCCCUACGGCGGACGGAACUACGAUGCGUUUAUUCGUUUUCCACCCUGUCAUUCCUAAUUAUCCAAAAGCCAGGUUCCCAGGUGUGAUUGUCUACUCCGAGAUUUAUCAGGUGACUGGUCCAGUUGCCAGAUUUGCCAAAGACAUCGCCGGCCAGGGUUUCAUUGCCGUUGCUCCCUCAAUCUACCACAAUUUUGAGUCCCAUGAAGCAUUGGCCUAUGACACCGAGGGUACGGACAAAGGAAACCAGUACAAGAUCGAGAAGGAAGUUUCACUGUACGAUGAGGACAACAGAUUAGCCAUUGAGUACUUGCAGCUGCUUCCAACCUUCAAUGGUAAGAUUGGAGCGACUGGUAUGUGCUUGGGAGGCCAUUUGGCAUUCAGAGCUGCUUUGGACCCAAGAGUCAGUGCUGCUUUUUGCUUUUUUGCAACUGACAUUCACAACCAUGCCUUGGGUAAAGGCAAGAAUGACGACUCAUUGAAGAGAUCAAAAGAAAUCAAAGGUGAAUUGAUCAUGGUAUUCGGCGAUAAGGAUAAUCACGUUCCCUUGGAGGGUAGGGAUUUGAUCAGACUGACAUUGCGUAAAAACCCCACGCAGCUCACCUUCAUUGAAAUCAACGAAGCACAGCAUGCUUUUAUCAGAGACGAAAACUCGAAGGACCGCUAUGACGCUGCUGUGACGGGUUUGUGUUUCCAGUGGUUACUUGAGUUGUUCAACAGAAGAUUGAAAUUGGACUACGGUGAUCACGACGGUAAGGAUGUGAAGAUCGAAAAUGUGUGUUAA